AUGUUAUGUAUUCAUGAAUAUGUUCAUCCAGACAAAUCGAUAGACGGCCUCAUGACUCUUUCCGACUCGGCCGAUGAAGCAACAAGAACGCAAAGAGAACUGAACUUUAUCCCUUCACACCGGCGUACUGGAAAUACUAGACACGCUUGCCACGCACGCCGAUGGAGGAGUCACUCAGCAAUGGGGCCGCUUACCAACGUUGCGCUUGCAGUCAAACAUGAUCCGGACACAUCCGCCAAAGUCGGGCGUGUCAUUUCCAUGGGUGCCGCGCUCCGCGUGCCAGGCAAUCAGACAACCCGCGCCGAGUUCAGCAUCUACGGCGACCCAGAAACGACUGCGCUUCUGUACAACCUCAGCUCCCUCACCAACCAUAAGCCUUGUCGCAUGGCCAGCGUUCCGUUGGACCUCACCAUGAGCCACCAGCUGACGGAAGAAGAAUUCACGGCCUUUAGCGCCAUUUCUUUGAAGCAGGCUCGCCGCUCGCUAUCUUUUUUGCAAAACGUGCUCGGCCCAGCAUUUGCCAGAUCUUGGGCUUUCCGGCGCCCGUACACUGGUGUGCAACUAUCUGCUCGUGGUGCAUGA